AUGGAAGGAUUAACACCCUUUCGGACAGGGUGCCGGGGUCUCCGGGGCCGCCAGGUCCGCGUGCAGCACGCAGCUCCCGGACACAGCACGCGGCUCCGGAGUUUCGUGCGUGGCGCGGAGGAGCCGGCCAGUCCCCUCCCGGCCAGGCGCCCUGGCCGCUCGGGAGGCGGCGGCGGAGGGAACCGCUGCGGAACCGAGGAGUCGCGCGCUUGCGGGGGCGGCCGCAGCCCGAGAGAGGUGGCGGGGACUUCGGCCUCCAGCCCCGCGGACUCCGGGGAGAGCGGCGCCUGCCCCGAUGGGCAGCCCGGGCCCGGGGAGGCGGACCACUGCCGCCGGAUCCUGGUGCGAGAUGCUAAAGGAACCAUCCGGGAAAUCGUCCUGCCCAAAGGCCUGGACCUGGACCGGCCUAAGCGGACCCGCACUUCCUUCACGGCCGAGCAGCUGUACCGCCUGGAGAUGGAGUUCCAGCGAUGCCAGUACGUGGUGGGCCGUGAGCGCACCGAGCUGGCCCGGCAGCUGAACCUCUCUGAGACCCAGGUAAAGGUCUGGUUCCAGAACCGCCGCACGAAACAGAAGAAAGACCAGAACCGAGACCUGGAGAAGCGGGCGUCCUCCUCGGCCUCGGAGGCCUUCGCCACGUCCAGUAUCCUGCAGCUGCUGGAGCAAGGCCGGCUGCUCUCGGCGCCCCGGGCCCCAGGCCUCCUGACGCUGACCCCCAGCCUUCCAGGGCUACCUGCUAGCCACAGGGCCACCUCCUUGGGUGACCCCAGGAACUCUUCCCCACACCUCAACCAGCUGACCGCCACCUCGACGUCCCCCCCGCUGCUGCCCCCGCCGCCACCUCUCUGCUUCUCAGUGACCCCCCUCCUGGACCUGCCUUCUGGGUACGAACUGGGGUCCUCGGCCUUCGAGCCCUACGGCCAGCUGGAGCAUAAAGCAGGUGUCCCUGGCAGCAAGAAGGCUAAUGCUUAA